AUGGCGACCACUGUUGGAGUCAUCGUCAACGAGCACCCGGCACCUGUCGAUGAGGCCACCGACAUGAUGUCACAGAGCAAUAAGGCUUGGACACACAGUUAUCUUCCCAUAAAGAAGCUACGUGUGCACACUUACAUGAACGCCGACAUGUUCACGGUCACGGCCAACUUUGACGUCUUUGCACCGGAGAAUGACGAUGAUGUACUUCGUAUGCAGCAAGUGGCCCGCCGACCGAACGUUAGACGCUACCGACUCUACUCUGAAGAAGAUGGGAUCUCUUGGUUUCAUAACGAGGUGUCUAAUGUCUUACUGCCGGCCUUCCACCGAUACCCAAUCGUGACACAGACCAGCCACCAUCCGCCACCACACGGGAGCGAACGGGUGGAUUUCUCGUACAUUGUCCAAGGCCUCGAGUUCCGUAUCUCGAAGCCACAGGAUAUCUUGACCAACUGCACCGUUGACUGUUGGGUAUUCCCGCGAGACAAUGUCGGUGGCACGCCAAUUCGUUAUGCGUUCUACCGCCUGCUUGUGCAGGGAUUUCGGCGGGUCCAGGGCAUGCGGCGUUUCAAUACGCCCAUCAACAACACCCUUGCCGAGAGCUGCACUUUUUUCUCUGGAAAGCCCCAUUGGCGGCAGGCAGAUGGGACCUCUACGAGCAGCCCGUUUGGAUGUACGCGCAAGGUCGACCCAGUCACCGGAGGCGUGUAUUGGGUGGACCAGUCUGGCGAGGAGCUUGUGGAUGACAACGGCGACAGGCUUUGGGAUACGGGCCCGUUUUGGUUGGUGUAA